UUCACAUGCGUACAACGUACUCACGCAUCUGUCAUUGUAGUGAGCUAUAGUGUAUCGUAUAUUACGCUAACGUGCAAACAGUUUGUAGAGACUUUCUGUUUAAGGAAUGAACAACCCGAAUCAUAGGAUGUGUUGGAAAUCAUAUAAAAUGAUGCACGUUGUGCGAAUAACAAUUGCAACUACGACAGGGACGCAUUUUCAACUUUCGGUUUCAAGUUUGGAAUCUGUGCUUGGAUUAAAAUACGCUAUUGCAAGGCGAUUUCGUAUUCAACCAGCUAAAGUGAGCCUCCUACACAAAGACAAAUUAUUAAUGACGGGAAGUCUCCUCCAGAAUGGCAUAAUUGAUGGCAGCAUAAUCACCUUGGUCCCCAGUAUGCAGACUGGUUCUCAUAACAUGACUACCAACUCCCGUGUGAUGCAGGCCCUAGAAAACCUUUCAGAAUCUCAGGUUAAUGAUUUCCUCACGGGCCGUGCUCCUCUGCUCCUGGCAAUGAAGCUAGGGGAGCACAUGAUGUUCGUGCAGCUGCAGUUGUCGUCAGCGUCGUGUCUGUCCCGAAGGCGCUCUCAGGGGGUGCAGAACCACUGCGCGCAUUCCACCGGCCACAGUCACAGUACCUCAGAGAAGUCCAAUCCACACAGCGCUGGUGUACACGCUGGGGUACACGGAUGCAAUUCAGGGGCCGUCAUCGACAGUAUCAACCACCUGGGGCAGGGUGUGUACUCCGGAACGUUCUCAGGAACCUUAGAUCCAUCAAUACAUGAGUCUGCAGGGCGACCAAAGCGUGACAUUAACACGAUUCUUCAGAUCUUGAACGAUUUGUUGGUCGCGUCGCCCCAGUUCCGAGAUACGUCCAGAACUUGCUCCUUACAAAAGCCGUACAGUUCCACACAAGAGACACAUUGCCUAGGUAACUAUGAGAAUUCUAGCAUAGGAGUAGCAACAAAUGAAAACCUUCAAGGCAAAGUGCAAACAUUGAAAAAGUUGAUGCAAGAACGCAAGCUGCGUAGACAGGAGAAGAGAGGCUUGCGUUCCCCAUACCAGUGGCCAAACAAAUUACAGCACGUCUACCAGAGAAUGCGAUCCUCUGGGCCUUUGAACUACGAGGCUUCCACUCUUCCACGUGACAUCGAGGUCACUGCGGGCAAUAAGGAGUCACACAGCGAUGCAAGCCCAGCCUUCGCUGCUUCCACGCAGACCGCAAUAGAACACGAGAGUGUUCUUGUCUGAGACCAUGCAUGCUGUAAUUGCGCAGCAAGUUGGCUCACGUUUGGUUGUGUCUAACCCUUUAGACACAUUGUUUUGUUUCACGGCCUGUGGUCGAUCAUCCACCAUGGCCGUUGUGUAUUUUCUGUGGAGGGUCUGAGAGGGACACUUUUUGCUGAAGUGAUGGUUUUGUGUCACGGACUUGAGAUUUUGACAGUUGUUCAGCCAUGUUCCAUUUGUGUUUGUACUAGUGUUGUAUCAUUAACGUAUAAACUGCACGAUAUAUACCACCAUGUGUGACAUACAUUUCGUAUGACUCAAUACUGCUAGUGUUACAAAGAUUUCAGUAGCAAAUGCAUUGGUACAUUAUAUUUUGAACAAAGAGGAUAUGGCAUGAAUAAUUUAAACAUGUUGAGUGGCAUUUAUUGCUUAAACGUUAACAGCAUGAGGCGAUUAAUAAAUUCACAACGCUGAAAUUUGAAUUAAAGCAGUUGAUGUUUUAUAAUUAGGCAGAGCUGUUAGAAAUGUUUAAAUUGUGGGGAUGUGUUUGUAUAUAUGUACAAAAAUUGCUUUCUUAGAUGUGACAAUAUUGCAUGAUUUAUAUAAUUAUACAGCUAUUAUUCUAUAGGUGUGGUCCUUCAAAUGCAAAGACUUUGUCAGCCCUGAAUCCAUUUCACCAUAUUUUACCAUAUUUAAUUACAAACAUGCUUUUUUUCUCCAAAUUUAUUUACUAUCAGUUUAAAUAUUGAAUUCAUUAGACUUGCAUCUUUAUUAUACAAGUAAGAACGACGAUUUAAUGGGACAAUUUUUUUCUUGAGUUAAAAUUACACAAUGAAUAUUCAUUUGAUAUGUUGCACACACAUUGAUGUUAACUUAAGCAGACUUCUAAGUAUAUAUAUUGUCAAAUGCGGUUAAUUUUUCUCAAAUUUCUUUGCUAAUAAGAUGAACAGAAUUUUAAUUAACCAGAACAAAUGCGAAUGAAUGUCAAACCAGAACUUAUGUGCGUGACUGUCAUCUAUGUGAAGCAAAACCUAACUAAAAUGAAUUUCAUAGACGAAAGAAAAUACAUUAAUAUCACAUAACAAGACUUGUAGUAACACGCUUCACACUUUCACCAUUUAUUUUUUAAUAUGUUAGAUAAAUUUGAAUGGCGACUGACAUUCCCAAGUUCAUUUUAAAUCUGUCAUCGACCUUACAUUGCUUUUGACAGUUGUAACAUGAAUUUUGUUUUAUUGCCCUUAAAUGUCGCUUACUUUUUGUUAUUUUAAUGAUGAAUGUUGUGCAAGGACAGCUCUCUGCUACUUUCAUUGUUUCAUCGGUCUGAUAUUUGAUAUUGGCUUUGCGUUUAUUUUCCACAAGUGGGUUUUUAAUGAAAUGUCAUUAGUAUGAAUUCCAUUACUCCCCCUUUGUCGGGAAAAAUAUUGCUGACAAACAAUCUGCUGCAUCCUGCGCAACAACAUGUUAACCCUUUGCAUGCUGGGAAAUUUGUCGUCUGCUUAAAUGUCGUCUGCUGAAUUUAUAAAAUUCGCAUUUUCUUCGAUUUUUUUCAAAGAAUACUAUCAUAAUAGCAAACAGUUUUGAUCCAGAUGAGACGCCACAGAACGUGGCGUCUCAUCUGGAUCCAAACUGUUUGCAAAGGCCUUUAAAAUUUGGUUCCUGCACUGAAAGGGUUAACUUUUCUACUAGGAAUUUCUAUAUCUCUGUUGAUUCUUUGCUGAACAACAUGUGUUCACUAGUUUAAAGCUGAUAUUUUAAAAAGCAUGGUGUAGGUGUGUGUACGUAAUAGUUGUCCUUGAAGGAAAUAUGAUAAGAUUAACAAUAAACAGGAACUGCUUCUGAUUGGUUUCUUUUAUUGCAUUGAACUCGAAAAAGUUAUAAAUAAGUGUAUGCAAUUAUUUAUACAUGCAAAAUUACAAAAAACAAAUGAGGUUCUAAACUUAGGUCGCCAUUUAUGUACAUGUACAUUUUUGGAUUUUUCAGUUUGUUUCGAUUUCAUAACUGCCCUAUUAUUUGUACAUAUAUAAGUAAAUGUAUUUAUAUUGGCAUGCCGUAGAGGCCAGUUUGUAUUUGUUAGCAAGAGGGAUUGACAAUAUUUUGUAUAUUUUCUUAUAUCCUGCAAUACAUUACAUUUGAUUAUUUAAUUUAUUUAUUCUGGAAUAAAAAUGGCAAGAAUCUGUUGAUAUAAUGCUGCAUAUCAUUUCAAAUAUCAGUAAGCAAAAAGGGGAAUUAUUAAUAUUUAAUAGUUUCUGACAUAAUAGAUACAACAUUUCUAAGCAAAAAGCUUUUUUUUCAAAUGUGUCGCAUUUUGAAAAAACUGGGCAUAAUGCAUGUGCGUAAAGUGUCGUCCCAGAUUAGCCUGUGGAGUCUGCACAGGCUAAUCAGGGACGACACUUUCCACUUUUAUGGUAUUUUUCGUUUAAAGGAAGUCCCUUCUUAACAAAAAUCUUGUUUAGGCGGAAAGUGUCGUCCCUGAUUAGCCUGUGUGGACUGCACAGGCUGAUCUGGGACGACACUUUACGCACACGCAUUAUGCACAGUUUUCUCAAAAUGCGACAAAAAUAAUGAAUGAUAGUUUGUCAUAUUUUUUUUACUGGUCUGUCUGAAACGCAAUUUUGUAUUUUUGAUAAAUGCAAAUUUAACAUGAUAUGUCGUAAUUACUGUUUACUUACUUUUGUUUGAAAUCAUUACUGUUGCUGUGCAAAAAUGUAGAUUAUAGAAUGUAGCUAGAGAAGGCUAAUAUGGACAGUUAUGCUGUUUGUGUCUGUGAAAAUCAAUUUAUUCGCAAGGCUUGAAUUCACAUUAAUUUUUUCCAGUCAAAUGUUUUUUUGUUUUUUUUUGGGGGGGGGGGGGUCAAAAAUUGUUAUACCUAUGUUAAAGUUAUUUCAUUUAAAACAAAAUCUACCUAGUCUCUUUUAUCAAAAGGCAUCAUGAAAAUUUAAACAAUUAUGUUUUGCAACCAAAGCAGUUAAUUAAUCUUCAUUUUUCAAAGAAAUAAUUGUUCAAGCCUCAAACAGAACAACUGUUUGUUAAACAUGCCCAGAGAAUGUGGCCAUAUAUUAUUUGACUUGGGUACUUAGCCUUCUAUAUUUGAUGUUUGUGUUCCAUUUCAAAACUUGUUGAAUGACACAAAUAAAUGUGUUACUGAA